AUGUAUGCCAUGAUCCGUGUUAUUGAAUGUGGUUCUUUAAAAAUGCCACCAAGAGAAGAAUUUCCAUCGGGUAGAAAAGAAGGUGCUCCAAGUGAUGAUAUUGGUUGGCAUUUUGCAGACCCAGUACCUAGUAAAGGUAAAAAAUGUGUUGCUUGUAAACUAUGUGGCAAAGUGAUUUCUAGUGGAAUUACACGAUUAAAAGAACAUAUUGCACAUGUGCCAGGAGAAGUUAAGGGUUGUGCAAGGGUGGACAGUUUUGUGAGAGAGAGGGAGGAAGAAGAUGAGAUUGAAGGUUUUCUUGAUGAUGAUAUAGCUAUAAGACGAGCUACAGAAGAAAGUCUACAUUCACAAAGCCAGUGGGAAGAUAGACAAAGAUUUAGACAACAAACUGGAGGAUUGGAUUCUAUAUAUGAAGGUGGAGGCAUGUCAAGUGUAGGUGGUAGAGGAGCUCCCCGUCAACGUCAAGAAAGUGAUCUUGAACAUAGAUUGAGGUCAGUAGAUGUUGAUUUGACUAGGAGUAAAAGUAUGAAGCAGCCAAAAAUUAAAGGAGGAGUGUUGAAAACAUUGAGAAAAAAGUUUGGGGAAGCAGUGUCUAAGUUGAUAAUAUAUGAGCGUCUUCCUAUGAACCUCUCCAAUUCUCCAUGGCUACACAAUUUGUUGACGGCGGCAGCUGACUUAGGACCAGGUAUUAAAUACCCUACUCCUUAUGAGAUUUCUUCGGUGUAUUUGGAAAAUGAAUUUAAAUGCAUGAAAUCAUGGAUAAAUGAAUUGAAACCAACAUGGAAGGAAAGAGGGGUAACUAUCAUGUGUGAUGGCUGGACAAAUGGUAUAAAUCACAUGCAUAUCAUGAACUUUUUAGUGUAUUGUAGCAAGGGCACUGUGUUCUUAAAGUCUAUUGAUGCCUCUAACGUUGCUAGUAGAAACACUGAAUAUUACUUUAGUCUACUUGACAAAGUUGUGGAAGAGGUAGGGGAAGAAAAUGUUGUUCAAGUAGUCACUGAUAAUGAGAAAGCGUUAAAAGCCGCUGGUUUGAAAUUGAUGGAAAAAAGACCUCAUCUUUUUUGGUCCGCAUGUGCAGCUCAUUGCUUAGAUUUGUGCUUGGAAGACAUUGGUAAAAAGUCAAAUGUUCAAAAAGUCCUUGAUGAUGCAAAGAAGGUUACUUUGUUCAUCUAUAACCAUAUUUGGACAGUGAGUCUCAUGAAGAAGUAUACACGUGGCAGGGAAAUUAUUCGUCCAGCAAUCACUCGCUUUGCAACACAAUUUAUGCAGGUUGAGUCAAUUAUGGCGCAGAAACAAGCUUUGAAAAAUAUGUUUGAUUCCAAUGAAUUUAAUGAUUCUAAGUGGGGAAAGGAGAAAUCAGGGCCUGCAUUUGAAGCCAAACAGAUUGUCAAGAGUGAUAGCUUUUGGAGUAAGGCUGCGGAUAUAAUGAAGGUAUUUGAGCCAAUUGUCAAGGUGCUGAAAUUGGUGGAUGGUGAUGAAAAACCAACUAUGGGCUUUGUUUAUGAAGCAAUUGAUAGAGCUAAACUAGCAAUUGAAAAGAAUUGCCGCUAUCACUCCCAUUAUACUGACAUUGUUGAUAAAAGAUGGCACUUCAUGCAUUCUGAUUUACAUUCAGCAGGUUAUUUUCUAAAUCCCCAAUUUCAAUUUGGCGUUGUGCAUGGAAGUGAUGUAGCUAAGGAAACCAUGGAUGGAACAACAAAAGUGAUAAGCAGAAUAGAACCAAACAUUGAUAACCAAAUAAAAGCUAUCAAUCAGUUGUUACUUUUUCGGGAUAAGCAAGAGACAUUUGGAACUUUACAAGCUCAAAGAGCUUGGUGUCAAAUGAAUCCUGCUGAAUGGUGGAUGGUAUAUGGAUCUUGUGCUCAUGAGCUUCAAACUAUAGCUAUAAAAGUUCUCAGUCAAACAACUUCAGCUUCAAAUUGUGAGAGAAAUUGGAGUACUUUUAGUUAUAUACAUACAAAGACAAGAAACAGGUUGAAGUAUCAGAGAUUGCAAAAGCUUGUCUUUACAUUUUACAACAUGAAGUUGAAGAUGAGACAUACUAUGAGAAGAAGUCAAGAAGAGAUUGAAAGAAGUUUCAAUCCCAUUAAUCUUGAUUAUAUAUUUCAAGAAGAAGAUCAUUUGGCUCCAUGGCUUGAGGAGAGAGAAGGUCCAUUGUUGGAUGGGAUGCAAAACGAAGAAUGGCUCCCUAUUGAUUAUGAUGAUGAUAAUGAAGAAGCGCAACCUGGAGAGAAAUCUGAUUCAAGUCAACCACCAACUCAAGGCGAUGAAGGUGGUUUAAGUCCACCAAGUGGAAACAGUGGGAGUGGUAGUGGUGGUGGUGGUAGUGGUGGUGGCAAUUCAAUGCAAUGUGAAGAAGAACCAUGUGGCAGGCGCGAUCAAUAUCUUAUACCUAUGACACAUGGUAGGAUGGAUGAAGAUGCUUCUGAUAGUGUGAUUGGUGGUAGUAGCCGUAGAGGUAGAGCCAAACAUGGAAAAAAUAAAAGAAAUGAAAAUGUUGCAUUGGAUGAUUCUUCCUCAUCUAGUGUAGCACAAUCUUCUACUGAUUUUGGUAUUGCUACUUCAUUUGAUGGUAGUCAAGGCAACUAUCCACCAUACUACCAAGAACCUUCUUACAUGCAUAACAUGCCAUAUGGUUAUGAGCAUGCUCCAUAUAUGCCAAACCCACCAUAUUACCAACCUCCUAUGAAUUACCAAGGUUAUUAUGAUCCAUCAACAGGGUUUUCAUAUGAUCAACAACAACAAAUUGAACAACCAAGAAGUUAUGGAGUGUUUGAUUAUGUAUUUGGAGGAAUGGGAUAUAAUGAUAGUCAAGUUGAUGAUGGAAGUUAUGAUCCCGCACGUCAUUCUACAAUGUGGUGA